CCAUCAGCGCCUGCCUCAAAACAAAUGAGCACGCCACAUCCAUCGCUGCUUCGAGAUUCCCCGCGGUCAGAGACGAAGAGAAGACUCAAGACCAUCUGUGCGCCGCUGGACCCAUUUCACUGCUGCCUCGCCCGCACGUUGAUCGUGUCCCCCGCUACCUAAUCUAAUCAGUCGCUCUGACAUCACACCCACCAUGUUUCAAUUCCAGACCAUGACUUCCAAGCGGCGGCGAGACGACGACUCGGACUCUGAGGAGGAGCCCAACUUCAAGAAAUCUCGACCAGCAUACAUCGCACACCUCAACCAUGGUUUCGCAGCAUCGCCAUUACAUAUCAAUGUCGGACCCUCACUUCCGCCUUCGCCGCCAGCAACAUCACACGCCGAUACCAUGAUGUCGGCGCACAACGGACAACGACAAAACCACGCAUGGGGAGGCCCAGUCCAGUCCUCCCAGUGGUCAGAUAUGGACUACAGAAUGAGCAUGGACGAAGACGACAAUCAGAGCGACGUAUGUAGCCAACCGCCAGAGUCACCAUUCGGCGACCAUUUCUUUCGGCCGCCCACAUUCAAUCCAUCUUCCUCGACGCUCUCCGACUGCAACAACACUGGGCGCAUACCGACGCCCAUACAUCCCACAUUCAGCCGAGGCGGCAUGAACGGGCUCAGCUAUCCCACCAGCGGCUCAGCAGGCGGCGUAACAAGCAACGCAUCGCCCUCACUGCCUGGCCUGACCGUCCGCAAGAACAGACAAGAGCAGCCCAACGACCGCAGCCGCCGCAUGCCCUCGCCCAUCUCCGAAGACGAAGACAUCCCCGACACGCCCACCGCCCUGACGCAAUCGCAACUCUCGCGACUUAGUUUCUCGCACGCGACUGCCGACGAGAUGGACACCGAGUCGGCCCCGCUCGCCCUGCCGCCCACCCCGCGCGGCCGCAAACGCAGCGGCGCGCUGACCGGCACGCCCGGCCGCUUCAGCAUGGGCUACCGCGACGACUGCGAGAAGUGCAGACAGCGCGUCCCCGGGCACUAUUCGCAUUUCCUGCCGUAGCGGGCACCGCGAAACAAGGACGAUUGUUAUUUUUCACUUGGCGUUAUAGCGUUGUGCGCGUUAUAGCGGUAUGGGCGCG